AUGUCAAGCCCGUCCAAACCCGGAGGUCUCAAGCCCGCGAAGGCUCGGCCACUGCCAGGGCGCAGAGGUGUCUCACCAGCUGCUGGCUCACCAACCAAGAGAAAAGGUGGCUUUCAUUUCAAGUUGGGAGCAGCCGAAGAUGAUGCCUUGAGUCCGAAGUUGCUGCCAAUGCCGGAGGGUGCCUUCUGCGGCGUUUUCGGCAGUGCUCUUAUGCCUCCCAAUGAGGAAACCGCAGGACGAUUCUGCACGGAAGGUCCCAAACUUGAGUUUGGUGGACCCAUGUCUCAAGCAGAUACAGGCGCUGCGAGCCGCGUUCCAUUGCGUCAGUUUGCAGUUCGCUUACAAAGCGCGAUUGCGCAAGCUGCAACACUGCUUGUGGACAGGUUUCAGUCCAUGAGCCGGAAGGAAGAGUUCACCACAACGCAGGCAGAAGACUUGGUGAAGUUAUCAUACGGUGUGCAGGCUGCCAGCUACAAUGUCCAGAAGUGGGCGGCUAGUUUGGGUCACGGAGAUCCCCCUCAAAGCAGACCGCCCUUACCAGCAAAUGCAGAGGAGGCGCUUGCGAUGAUGAACACUGCACUUCCGCGCCUUGUGGUUGCAGCGUCGAACUUGCAGACCGGUCUGCGAGAACUUGUACCUGCAGUGCACAUAAGAGCUGACGGCUUAAACGAUGAGGAGCUUCAAGCCUUGACGGCCCAAGAGAAGCACGAAGCUGAAGCACGCGCGGAAGAGGAGCUGCACAGACUGGGAAUCACAGUUGACGAGCUUUAUAGUGUUGUCCCACACAUGGAGCAGAUGAUCUAUCAAGCAAGCUGCCUCGUGAAUUCUCUGCGGCAACCGCCGCCGCCACCACCGCCGCCAGUGUCCAUGGACAUGGCCACACAGCAACCAUUCGGAGCAGGACCACCUGUAGAGGCUGCAUGA